CCACAAACCCAGCCAUCAUGGUACAAACGAGUGGGAACCAUGACGUACGCUACUCAAGUGCAAGCAAUCGGUUGUGGAUUGCCUGUGAGUGGGGAAGGGGGAAGGGAAGGACGGAAGGAAGAUGGAAGGCCAUUUGCUGCUGUUGUCGAAUGCUGGAGGAGCUGCUUACUGGAUACUCGGAUGCUGGGAGCCGAACACUGAAGCUGGGAGCUGAUUGCCGAGUGUCGAUUGCCGAGAGUCGAAUGCCGAGAGUCGAAUGCCAGAGAGUUGAUCGCCGAGAGUCGAAUGCCGAGAGUCGAAUGCCGAGCGUCGAUUGUCGAGAGUCAAAUGCCGAGAGUCGAUUGCCAGAGAGUUGA